AUGCAUAGUCGUUGGUUAUCCCUGCCCUUGCUAUCCACCUGUGUUUCUGCAUUCUAUCCCUACCAUACUGGCGAUGGAGGAAAUGAGAACAGCAAGAGGUUCAUCGCUUUGAGCCCCGAGCGUCUGCAUGACGGCGACUCGGCUGUGGUGACCAUCGACAUCAAGAAAGGAAUGGUGAAAAGGAAUAAUGUAUUCUCAGUCGUCAAUUCCUCAGCUCCUAACGUGCCCAAUGCCAUGGCGAUCAACGAAGACGGCGACGACUAUACCUACUUCUCCACCAUGAAAUUCGGGUCCAAGGGUCAAGAGAUGUACAUGUUGAUCGACAGUGGCUCGGCCAAUACUUGGGUCAUGGGCUCAAAUUGCAAAUCCGACGCCUGUCAGAUACACAAUACAUAUGGCAGUGAAGACUCGAGCACACUCCAGACAACCACUCAAACUUGGAGUAUGACUUAUGGUACGGGCGAAGUGGAGGGUGUGGUGGUCAAAGACACGGUGCAGUUGGCCAACUACACCGUUGAGCUGGGUUUUGGCCUCGCGUCUUCCGCUUCGGAUGACUUCAACAACUAUCCCAUGGACGGCAUCCUGGGCCUGGGACGCCCCGCCUCCGAUGCGCUGGGUUCGCCGACGAUCAUGCAAGUCUUGAACGAGAAGGGCCAAUUGUCGGCAAAUAUUCUCGGCGUCCACCUGCAACGAAGCUCGGACGGGACGAAUGACGGACAGAUCACCUUUGGCGGCAUCGACUCGUCCAAAUUCAACGGCAAACUAUCCUAUUCCAAAACUCUCAACACCAACAGCUGGCAAAUUGCCGCCAGCGAUGCGGGCGUGGAUGGCAAGUCAGUGGGUUUCCAAUCCAAGACCGCCAUGGUCGACACAGGGACGUCAUACAUCUUGCUGCCUCCAUCGGACGCCGCUGCUCUGCACCAGCUCAUUCCUGGCAGCUCUGCGAACGGAGAGACCUACACGAUACCUUGUUCCUCUUCGGCCAACGUCUUUUUCACGAUCUCCGGUUUCCAAUACUCAGUGUCUCCCAAGGACUACGUCGGCAAGCCAAGCGGCAGCAGUGGAAGCUGCCAGAGUAACAUCAUCGGCCACCAGGCGUUUGGGCCAAAUGACUGGAUUUUGGGCGACGUCUUUCUCAAAAACGUCUACACCGUCUUGGACUUUGAUAAUGCAAGAGUCGGUUUCGGCACGAUAUCAGGAGCCGUUCCUGUCAAUGAUAACACCGCAACCACGUCCCGGUCGACGACGUCGGCAACAAGCAGCGCUCACUUGUCGGCAUCGACUGUGUCGCCUGUGUCGACCACCUCCAUCGCCGCCACGGCGUCAAAGCCCCAGACGACCAUGGCGACAUCGAUAACGUCAAAACCAAACAACCCCACCUCUACGGCUGGUGCCGAUGCGCCGGCCACGUCGUCCCCAGACGCAGGCGACAGCAGCCCCUUCGGAGAAUCGAGUGACUCAGGGUCUUCCUCUCCAUCUUCAUCAUCCUCUGCGGCAGCAGCCACGCGGCCGAGCCGUUUAGCGCCGCUGAUGGCAUUUGCAUUCAUGGCGGGAUGUAUCUUAUAA